AUGGCUGAAGAGGAUCUUGUUCGCCUGGACAUCAACGGCAUCUUUGCCGUCAUCACAUUGAACAACCCAAAAAAGUCCAACGCCUUGACGCAGAGCCUGUAUUAUCGCCUCGCAAGCUUGCUUCGAGAGGCUGAAGAUAACUCAGACGUUUAUGUCACCGUCUUAAUUGGCGAGGGCGCCUUUUUCUCCGCAGGGGCCGACCUCAAGGGAAAGCCACCAUCUAUGGAGGACAUGUUGUCUCGCCCUCACUGGCUUCCUAAAUUAGUGAAUAACAACAUCGACGUGGCGAGAGCGUUCUACAGUCAUUCGAAGAUUCUGGUCACGGCGCUGAAUGGACCGGUCAUAGGGCUUUCUGCCGCGUUGAUAUCGCACUCGGAUUUCAUCUACGCGGUAUUCGAUGCUUGGCUGAUGACUCCUUUCACCUCUCUCGGCCUCGUUGCCGAGGGCGGCUCUAGUGUCGCCUUUGUGCAGCGGAUGGGUCAGGGAAAAGCAAACGAGGCACUCCUUCUCGGCAGGAAGAUUCCCGUCAGUGAGUUGGCUCAGGUUGGUUUUGUGAACAAGGUCUUCGAAAGCAAAGGCAACUUCCGUGAGCAGGUGAUGGGGUACCUGCAGCAGACGUUCGGCGAACAUUUGGUGAAGUCGAGUCUUCUGGGGACAAAGGCUUUGAUGCGUCGUCGCUUGGUUCGGGAGCAGGACGAACAAGCGCCGCUCGAGAUGUUUGGUGGCCUCGACCGUUUCUUCCAGGGUAUCCCGCAGGCAAAGAUGGGAGAGGCUCUGUCCAAGAGCAAGACUUAUCGACUUUGA